UUUUUAGAAUCAACUGAUUCGUUUGGAAUCAGAUGCUGCAACAGCCUCACUUUUCCGGUGGCCACACGCUUACGUUGAUCAAGUCAAAAUGCUGAGUGCAGUGCGUGGACGGAUGAUGGCGGCUAAGCGCCCGCUGCUGGGGCGCGUGGCGCAAUUCGCGUCGAGUGCGGAUGGAUCAGGCACAGAAGCGGAGCAGGCGAUGCACGCGGCACUGCAGAAGCAGCUGGAUGCGGUGCACGUCAAGGUGACGGACGUGUCUGGUGGCUGCGGCUCCAUGUUCGACGUGGAGGUGGCAUCACCUCAGUUCGCGGGCCAGUCGCGCGUAAAGCAGCACCGCAUGGUCAACGCGAUUCUCAAGGAGGAGAUCAAGAGUAUGCACGGCCUGACCAUCCGAACCAUGACACCCGAGCAGUUCCAGAGCAAGUAGACUUUCGACACAGCUCUGCAGCUACAGACGUGCAAUUGACACUGAAAAUAUAUAGAAAAAGCAGCUUCACAGCACCAGCUGAGCUUGUUCUAGUCCUCAGCACGUGUAUAUAGGUC